UGCAGUAGUACAUAGCGUGUGUGUGUGUGUGUGUGUGAGAGAGAGAGAGAGAGAGAGAGAGAGAGAGAGAGAGAGAGAGAUGGCAGCAGCAGAGGAAACCAGUAAGUCAUCUGAAGCUUUUCCAAUGAAAGGUGGAGAUGGACCCAACAGCUAUACCAAAAACUCUAUAUAUCAGAGAGGAGCUGUGGAUGUAGCUAAGCAACUUUUAGACAAGGAAAUUGCAGAGAAGCUUGACAUAGAAAUCUCGUUACCUUCGAACACCUUUAACAUUGCAGAUUUGGGUUGCUCAGUUGGGCCUAAUACAUUUUCUUCAGUUGAAAACAUACUCGAAGCUGUGCAGCUCAAGUAUCAAUGUCAAGGGCUGGAUUCCCAAAUCCCUGAAUUUCAAGUUUUCUUUAAUGAUCACAUCCUAAAUGAUUUUAACAUGCUGUUCAAAUCCCUCCCUCCAAACCGUCAAUACUAUGCCGCGGGCGUGCCAGGUUCUUUCUAUGGUCGUAUAUUUCCUAAUAAUUCCAUUCACUUGGUUCACUCUUCUUCUUCCAACCAUUGGCUUUCCAGAGUGCCGAAAGAGGUAGUUGACAAAAACUGUCCUGCUUGGAAUAAAGGAGAAAUUCAUUACUCAAAUUCCACAAAUGAAGUAGUGAAGGCUUAUGAAGCUCAAUAUGCCGAGGAUAUGGAGUGUUUCUUGCAUGCCAGGUCACGAGAGGUCGUGUCUGGAGGACUGAUGGUACUAAUCAUUCCAGGCCGCCCCAAUGGCACCCCUCAUUCCAAAACUCUGCCAAAUAUGAUGUUACAACUUUUGGGAACUUCCCUCAUGGAAAUGGCUAGAAAGGGAGUUGUUCUGGAAGAGAAAGUAGACUCGUUUAACAUACCUAUGUAUUACAUGUCUCCCCAAGAGCUGGAAGCUGCUGUAGAAGGAAAUGGAUGUUUUAGCAUAGAGAAGAUUGAAAACUUACCCAGUGCCUUGGCAGAUGGCGCCUCCAUUGAAACUCGCGUAUUAGGAUAUCAUAUGAGAGCUGCUGCAGAUGCACUAAUCAAGCAGCAAUUUGGAGAAGAAAUCUUGGAUGAGCUGUUUGACUUGUACUGUAAGAAACUUGAAGAGAAGCCCUCCAUCUUUGAGUCUGGGAAGGGAAUUAACUUUCUUGCUGUUCUUAAACGCAAGCCAAAUUGAUUGGGAUUGCUUUUGUAAUUUUUUUUUUCUUCCAAUAUUAAUAGGGUGGUUCUAGUUAGACCUCCAAA